CUGAGCGAAGGGUAAUGGGUGGGGUUGUCUUUCUGAAUGUUUUCCGCUAACUUCAUUCAUCACAUAAACAAGGCUAGGCAGACAGACUGGGUGCAGUUUGUUACAGCCUCUAAAUGACUGAAGACUGGAAAAUAUAAUUACACAAAAUAGCAGGGCGAUAGAAAAUCAUCUCUCCAGAAUCUGUCAAAUGUUUCCACACCUCAGAUUAUCAUAACCUCAGAUUGCAGCUGUAAGAACCAACAACUAUGGAGGACUCCAAGAGGGGCAGAUGCAACAGCUUGGAUCCUGCUUCCCUGUGUGACAAGGAGGCGCUGAACCCUGGUGAUUAUGUAACCUUUGACCCAGAGGGUUCAGAUCUUCUGGUGAACCUCGAACCCACACCAGCAGAGGUGGCUCAGUGUGAAGCUGAAGUCGGCACCCUGCUCAGCAUCAUCAAUGAGCUAAAUAAGAAGAUGGGCUCCCUGAAGGCCCCGAGUGAACCAGGUGACAUGAGAUCACCAAGUCCAUCCAGACCUCUGGUCCCAGACCUCCUGUCUCAUCGGCUGCUCAGAAGCAGCCCAGACAGGAACUCUGCAUCUAGCAUCACAUCUAAACAUCCGGUCAUGACCCAAGGGGGCGGUACUGUCAUCUGGACAAAGUUGCAGGAUGUUUUAUCAUCAGUGGAGGACUCAAUCAACUUCAGAAGAACCUGGGCUGCUCCCAUCACAGCCUCAGAUCACGCCAAACACAAAGAGCACCUGAGAGCUGCUCAGGAAAACUGGGCUAAAGCCACCCAGAUACUGGAUGAGAUGGAGAAGGAGUUUGGGAUUUCAUGUCCAUUGGGCCUGCAGAAGGACCAGAGCCUGGAUGACUUGCUGGGUGUGGACAGACGCGAGUCCUCUCCCAGGACCAUCAUGCAGAAACACCAGGAGGAGCUGCAGAAAGCACGGAGCUCAAUGGAAGAGGAGAAAAACAAGUUUUUUGGGCUCAACAAGGCCUGCAGGUCUGGGAGUCAUUCUCCUUCCUACCGACCACCUGCUGGGGCUCUCAGUCCAGACUGGGCUUCUUCCUCCUAUCCAGGUUCACCUUUACCCCAGAGAAGGUCGUCUCGAGCUGUAACGCCUUUGUCUCUAGUUGGGGACGCAUCCUCACUGAGCUCUGUCAGUCCAUGUCCCAGCCCCGUCAGUCUGGAGUCUGAGACAGAGCGAUUGAGUAGAUGCAUUGAGAGGCUAAAAGCCAAAAAUGAGCGUCUGACUGCAGCUCUCGAACGAAGGAAGGGAGAGUCAGAGCAGAACAGCCUGAAACUAACCAGAUUGGAGUCUGAAUGCUCAGCUCUGCAGAUGGCUCUCAGAUACAGUGAGGAGUGCGAGGAGGCCUACAGCGAGCUACUGUCACUUUACGAGGCCAAGAGGCAGCAGAACAUUCCUCUGCAGACAGACUCAGCAGAGCCCGUCGGUGACAGGCAGCAGACUGACAAUACAUCAGCCCAGCUCGGGAAAAUGGGAACCGAAGAGCUAUCCACCUCCUUCUCCACAGCAGGAGUCACAGAGGACACUCUGAGUCUCACGAGGCAACUAACGCCUGAAAAAACGGACCGGGAAGCUGCUCUUCAACAACAAAUCAAGCGCCUGCAGAAGAUCCGAGCAGACAUUUGUGUGCCUAAACCAGAUCCAGGAGUGGAGAGCAAACUGAGCCCAGAAAAUGCUCCUCCUGCUGGGACCAGAUGGGGCCAAGUGCAGAAGGAGAAACCUGCUGAUAAAAGGAAGGAGAAAGCAGCAGUGUUUCACGAACUUAUCUCAGUCAGGGAGGAAAUGUCAGAUAUGCGAGCUCUGAUCCGCUUGAAGGAGAAGGAACUCAGGUGUCUGGAGUGGAGUUUAAUGGGUCAGAAGGCCCAGGAAGCAGCGGGAGUUUUCAUCCCGGAGCGUCUCAGAGAGGAGGUGGAGCAUCAGAGGAACGAACAACAGAGAUUCUGUGAGGCAGCUGCUAAGGCUGGAUGUGACGGAGACGUUGCAAGUCCUCUAACCAGAUCGAUUCUGAAAGAGCUGCAAGCAGUUCUGCAGAGGGAACAAGCCCUGAAGAAGAGACUGGGCAUGGCCCAGGACUCUCUGAGUACAGCUCUGACAGACAGCGCCCCCAGCAGGAAGGACAAUGCAGAGCAGAUCGCUCGCCUCACACAAGCUCACAGUAAAGCCUUGAGUUCGUACAGACAGAUUCGCAGGAAGUAUCGGGAGCAGGUGUGGAGGCUGGAGCAGAAGGUGGCAGCCAUGAUGGAGAGUCAACACAACCAGAGUCAAGCUCCAAAAUCUGCAGAUGAGGAGUUGGAGUGGAGGAGAGAAGAGACUAUUCUAUAAGAAACUGAUCCAAAUAUCACUAAUGUCAGCAGCUUGUGCUAAGGGAGUUUUCUUCUCCACUGUCGCUACGUGCUUGCUUAGUAUGAGUAUUGUUAUGGAGACUGACACCAGUCAGUGACUCGAUGUAAUCUGCUGAGUUCCUUAUAUAGGAAACUUUUUACUGAUUGGCUUAAUGAACUGGCCUGUAUUGGAAUGUUUACUGUGUGAAGUGCCUUGAGACGACUCUUGUCAUGAUUUAGCGCUAUAUAUAGAACUUUUACUCAUGUUGUACAGCGCGUUGUGAUUUAUAUCUGUGAAAGGCGCUAUAUAAAUAAACUUUAAUUACUUACUUACUUACUAUAUAAAUAAACUAAAUUGAAUUAA